GACCUGAAGGGUGCACUGGAGGAGCACGGGUGUGUCACCUCCAGGCCUUUCGUGCACUGGGCCUCCACUCACCUCCCCAGCGCUCCGGACCAGGGCACCGCCCCGCUGAUCUUGAAAAAUUAAAAAGAGCCAGCAGUGCCCUUUGAAAGUCCGUGUCAACUUUAACCAGAGGAAGUAACACUUAUUUUUUUCUACCUGAGAUACCACUGACACUAAGCCAUGCUUGGCAGAACGCUGCUCAUGGUGCUUCUGGCCCUCACAUUUUGCAGUACCUGGGAAAGUUGUACUUGGCGUAACUUCAUUACUGCACUUGAAGGGGAACCUUUCUAUCUGAAAUAUUGCCCAUUUUCUUCGCACACGAAUGAAACAACCACCAUAAAAUGGUACAAAAGUAAUUUUCCUGAAGACAUUGCGCUAAGUUCAAACAGUUCACCCAGAAUUGUUCCACGUGGUUAUGUUUUGGAGUUUUGGCCAGUUGAGUUGGAUGACAAUGGAAAUUAUAGUGUCCACACAGGAUAUAGUAAGUAUAAAUGGCAAUUAAAGGUAAUUGGAAGGAACAAAAGCAGCUGUUUUACUGAAAAAAUUGUAAAGAGCAAAGCUGUGGAAGUUAAUAAACGUUUGGAAGUAAACUGUGAACCUGGUUAUUAUAAAAACCUAGCCUACCGAACAGUAGUAUAUAAGGACUGCAUGAAGAUAAAAGACAGUGAAGAUUCACACAUAAAGAAGAAUGCAAACUUUACAGAUCAGGGAUAUUACACCUGCGUUUUUUCUGUUGAUCACAAUGGAAAACUAUUUAAUGUCUCCAAAACCUUUAAUAUCACAAUAAUUGGAGGUCACAGUCUUAUAAGUCCAGCUCUUCAUGGACCAAAUCCUGAGUAUGUUAAGGUGGAAUUAGGACAAGAAGUGAGGCUCAACUGCUCUGCUUCUUUGAAUAAAGGUGACUUAAUUCAUUGGGACGUUCAGGAUAACAAUACACGUGAAGAACAAGCAUCAAAAAUUCAGGAUAAAGAAGGGAAAUGGCAGGCUUCAAAAAUAUUAAUAAUUGAGAAUAUCAAUGACAAAAAUCUAAAUGUCUCAUAUAAUUGCACUGUUCUCAGUACGGAAGGCAUAGAUACCAAAAUGUUCAUCUUGUUGAAAAAAGAACUGGUGGACAUCCCAGGCCACGUCUUCACUGGAGGGAUGAUCGCAGCUGUUUUGGCCUCUGUGGCAGUUGUGUGCCUAGUGAUUGUGGGUGUCAUUUAUAGAGUUGACUUGGUGCUAUUUUGCAGACAUUUCAUGAGAAAAGAUGAAACAUUAACAGAUGGAAAAACCUAUGAUGCUUUUGUAUCUUACCUAAAAGAAUGUCAACCUGAAAACGGAGAGGAACACACCUUUGCGGUGGAGAUUUUGCCCAGGGUGUUGGAGAAACAUUUUGGGUAUAAGUUAUGUAUUUUUGAAAGGGAUGUACUGCCUGGAAGAGCUGUUGUUGACGAAGUCCACUCACUAAUAGAGAAAAGCCGUAGGCUAAUCAUUGUCCUCAGUAAAAGUUAUAUGUCUAAUAAAGUACGGUAUGAACUUGAAAGUGGACUCCAUGAAGCACUAGUGGAAAGGAAAAUAAAAAUUAUCUUAAUUAAAUUUGCAUCUGUCAGUGAUUUCACAUUCUUGCCUGAAUCACUAAAGCUUUUGAAAUCUCACAGAGUUCUGAAAUGGAAAGCUGAUCAAUCUCUGUCUUAUAACUCAAGGUUCUGGAAAAAUCUCCUUUAUCUGAUGCCCGCAAAAGAGGUCAAGGCAUGUAAAGAUGAAUCAGAAUUCUUGCCUGUUCUUUCACAGUCCUGAUCUUCAGAAACACUGAGUAUAAGAACGAAAUCUUGAUACAACGGGACUAAGUACAUCAGCCUGUUUGUACAAAGGACAUUAUUUCAAAUAUUUAAUGCUAUGAAAAUCCUGCUCACAGUUUGAUGAUGGAACUUGUCAUUCAGUUGUCAAUGAUAAGACUAAAUAUUAAGCUGUGAUAAUUUGCUUCCAGAAGAUUCUGAAAUUCCAAAGAAACCAAACUCCUGUUUUUCCUUCUUCUAUAACUGGAUGUCUGGGCUCAUACCCAGAGACACUCAGCAACAGUGAGGCUGGGUAUGAUACAAAAACUUCAUAUCUUACAAAAAGGGCACAUUUUUGUAAAUAGUGUUUUUUAAUGCUAAUA